AUGCUCCCGCAAAAACCGCCUCGACUGCGCUGGCGCCGCGCAACUCCUUCACUCCCCCGCCCUCAACCGUCCAUUCUUCUCUCUCUCCGCCACUACCAAAGUCUGCUCCUCCUCUCUCUGACUGUCUUCUCCCUCCUCACUCCCUCUCUCGGGCGCCACGUCAUCGUGGGUCAACGGCAUAUAGACGGCUUCAACUACCCGUGGAAUCCUGUCGUGAACUACACGCAAUGGGCCGCUACCUUCCCUGUCAUUGCAGGCGAUACCCUGGUGUUUCAAUACGAGUCAGGCGAAGAAGUUGUGUACGAAGUGCCGUCGCAGGGCGACUUAGACGACUGUCGCCUGGACGACGCGCGGUUGCUGUGCGACUCACUGGACGGCGACGGCGGCAGGAGCAGCGACCGAGGUGGACACGUGAGGGGGUGCCGCGUGGCAGUCGAGCCACGUACUCGCUAUUUCACUUCAAAGACUGAUCACUGCCGCGCGGGACAAAGGGUCGUGAUACGACCACGAGAAAGUGGUUCGGAACACGUCAGCGCUGAUUCGCACGGGGGUGAGGGGAGGAGCAGCACGGACAGCGACAGUGUUAACGAUAGCACAAGCUCGCCGUCCAUUCAUCGUCGCCGCAGCAGCAUCAGCAGCAUUCGCAGCGUGGGUUCCAGCAGCACCAGCAGCCGCAGCAGCAGCAGCAGCAGCAGCAGCAGCAGCAGCAGCAGCAGCAGCAGCAGCAGAAGCAGUGAAAAGGCCAACAGCAGUCUAGACCUACCCGAGCGGUUGUGGCGGCCGCCCGAAGCGCCAUCCCUCGUGAGCACCGCCGCAGCAGGCGGGCGGCGGGUGAUCGUGGGGGCAGCUGCCGGCGGGUACAACUACCCGUGGAACCCGGCUGUGAACUACAACGCGUGGAAUGCGGCCAAUAAGCUUUACGCUGGAGACUUCGUGGUUUUCAAAUACCCGGCGUUCCAGGAAGAGGUGGUUCAGUUCUCGACUCUGGCGGACUUCAAAUCGUGCAACUUCCGCGCAGCCAAAAUCAUCUGCUACGACUCAUGGGGCGCGGGCGCAAACGGGUGCGCCAUCCGCGUGACCGCCGCGCCGGCCAUGUACGCGUCGGGGCUGUACGGGCACUGCAAGGCGGGGCAGAAGCUCGUGGUGAAGGCUUCCGCGCGCCCGUAUUCUCCGCGCACGCUCGUGGUGGGGUACAUGUCGCAGCAAUUUGCGUGGCAGUGGAAUCCCGAGGCGCAGCUAGUGAAGUGGGCGAGCACGAAUAAGGUUUACGUGGGCGACACGCUGGUGUUCAAGUAUCCGCCUUACAAGGACGAGGUGUACAUUGUGCCAACACUCGCCGACUAUAACAACUGCAUCUACACCAAUUACGUUUCGUACUGUAACGGCACGGACGGAGGCGGGCAAGGGUGCUUCACCAACCCCAUCACCAGCACCACCUACUUCGUAUCCGGCCUCUACAGCCACUGCAAGGCCGCUAACCAGAAGAAACAGGAGAUUGCAGGCAAGCCCAUCACCCCGCGGGAUGCGGCUGAAGCCAAGUCGGAAGCAAUGAAGGCUGGCGAGCCAACAGGAAAGGGAAGCCUGCCAGCACGAAUGGAGGCAGCAGCAGCGUUCAACGUGAGGGAGCACGUGGUGCUGACCUGCUUGCGUGACUACGCUAGGCUCUCCCUCCUAGUGCCGCUAUGUGGAGCAACAGCAGCGGGAAGUGCGGGGAGUGCAGCACUAUGGAAGAGCUUGCUGUCUGACGGCUUGUAUCCGAUUCCGGCCGUUGAGCCGUCGACCCAACCGCUGGUACCAUCUCUGCUCCAGUCACAACCACUGCUCCGAGGCCAUCCCUUCCGUGGAAGCCAGAAGCAGGUGCUUGCCGGGUCAGGCAACACCAUGUACCACCAGGAGAAGAACGCAGGCAGCAUCAACAACCAGGGCUCUGAGAUUACUUUUGAGCCGACUCAAACGCCGCUACUCCGAGGCCAUCCCUUCCGUGGCAGCCAGAAGCAGGUGCUUCCCGGGUCAGGCAACACCAUGUACCAGCAGGAGAAGAACGCAGGCAGCAUCAACAACCAGGGCUCAGUCAACAAUCAGCGCUCCAAAGUGUACCGGGACGGCCCGGGGCUCGGAAGUGCGUCUACAGUGCAGUCUAACUCGCAGACUCAGUCGGCGGACACCAACCCGGUUACCACCACUGUUUCGGUCGACUCUCCGUCCACGACAAACGACUACACAGGCUCGAGUAACGGCCUGUAUGGGCUUGCAGGCUCGGGUUUGGGAGUACCUGGAGGGAUGCGUGGGCUUCCGGUUGCUGUUGCUGAGACUGUGUUGCCGUUUGCGAAUGGAGUGUUAAGACACGAUUCUUCGCCCGUGUGUGAGUCGCAGCAGUCAGGAGGAUGCACGGGGGGAGGGCUUAUCCCUCUGUCCCGCGCUAGCGGCCACCCAGCCUUGACAAUCUCGUCCAUCCCCUCGGGGUUACCAUAG